AUGCACCUUCAAAACCCCAAUUUUGGUGCAAAUGAUCUAAGUCUUGGUGCUUUUGCUCUAAACUUGGUGUAUUUGCACCAAGGUUUUCGCCGUAGUGAUUGUGUAUACUUACCUCCACCCUUAUCAUCUGAUAAGGUGCUCUCGGCCCUUAGUUCAUUACCUAUGACUAGGGAUACUAUUCUAUGUGGCGAUUUCAAUGCUCGGUUGGGUUCUCUCACUGGUGAUGCUAUCUCUAAUGCUCGUGGUAAUGCUCUCAAACCUUGGUUUGAUGAACACUGCUUGUCUGUACUCAAUGCGUCUUUGGCUUUUGGUGUUACAACGUACUCUUCUUUUCGGCAGCAACAAGAAUUGAGUAGUAUCAUUGAUUUGUUUUUGACAAAUAUUGGUGAUGUUGCUUUGGUGAAUCCUCAACUGGUGGUUGAGUCUGAUCUGUCUCUUGGUUCUGACCAUCGAUUGAUGUCACUUACUUUCGGGUAUGUGCCACCUCUCGAUGACACUGUGGCUCCUGGUGAUUCUGUUCUGGCUCCUCGGCGUCAAUGGAAGCUCUCGAAAUUGACGAAAGAGAAGCCUUUGGGCUUACUCCGUGAAUCCUUUCGAUCUUCUGUUGCUCCUCUGGUUGGUACUCUUUCUGGUUUGGUGUCUGCUCCUCCUGGUGUUCGUCCGGAUAUUGAUGCACUCAACGAUUCUUUGAAUCAAUGUUUGUAUGAAUCUCUGGAUAGUUCCAUUGGUGUGAAAUCUGGUCGUCCUGGCCAUUGGAAGAAGUACUGGACGCAAGAAAUUCAGGAUGCUGCUACUGCACGUGAUCACUCUUAUAGUCAAUGGAGGCAUGCCUUUGGUAUUGUCAAAGUUGAAAAAUGGUCCUUAUACAAAAUUGCGCAUCGCAAGUUUCGCUCCCUGGUGCAAGCUGCAAAGCGAAGGUCCUGGAAACAGUUCUGUGGUAUUCUAGAAAAGGAUUUCUCAAAAGCUACUGCUGCUAUCAAGCGCAUCACGCGUAACAAAGAGUCUUCUGCUACCUACAGUCAUCCCGACGGUCCUGCUGCUUCUGUCACUGCUAUGGGUUCUCAUCUCGCUUCGGUGUAUGAUGGCUCUCUGCUUGCCACUGCUACUCGUCCUGCUGCUCCCCCCACUUUUGACUCUGUUCUGCCUUUUUGUGUGCCUGUGGAUUUGUCACUGUUCGAUGUUGAUACUCUUGUAUCUCACAUUCAGCGGCUCCCAACACAUAAAGCUCCUGGUCCAGAUCAUAUUAAAGCUGAGAUGCUCAAGUCCUUGGUCUCUGAGAUUGCUCCGGUGUUGUCUCUGUUGUUCACUCUGUGUUACCAAUGGUCGUAUACUCCUGCUCUCUGGCGUCAUGCCCAAGUCUUCCCCAUCUUCAAGAAAGGUGAUGCUUCUGAUCCCGCCAACUAUAGGCCUAUUUCUCUGACUUCUGUUGUGCGCAAACUGUUUGAGUUCUCUCUCAUGCCUGAGCUGGAUGCCCAUUCUCCUGCCCUUGACAUUGCCCAAGGUGGUUUCCGCCCUCAACGUAGUCCUCUGGAUCAAGCCCUCUGCUUGCAUGACUUGAUGCAUGAUUACUUUGUUGCGCACCGUCGUCGUCCUGUUGUCGCUUUCUUGGAUAUCAAGUCAGCAUAUGACACAGUCGAUCGUCGUGUUAUCUGGUCUGCUUUGGCUGGUUCUAGUCUUCCUCGUGCUGUUCUGGGUCUGUUGAUCAACAUGUUUGAUGAUGUGUCUGUCUCUGUCUUGAUUGCUAAUCACAACUCGACUGCCUUCUCUCCUGUCACUGGUGUUCUGCAAGGCUCAGUGCUCAGUCCUCACUUGUACUCGUUGUAUAUCAAUUCUUUACCGAGUCUUUUGCGUUCUGGUGUUACUGGUGCUACUAUGCUGCCUGUGCCUGGUGCUGAUGCUCCUAUUGCUAUCAAUAGUCUCCUGUUCGCUGACGAUGUGGCUGUCUUUGGUUCAAAGUCUUUGGUUCAACGUAUGUUGGAUCUUGCUGCUGGUCAUUCUGUCUCUCUUGGAUAUAGGUGGAAGCCUUCCAAAUGUGCUGUGCUUGGUACUGCUGCUGCUCUUGCUGGCUCUCCUCUGGUACUAUACGAUGAAGCUCUGCCUGUCGUUGACGAAUUUACAUACCUUGGUAUGCCAUUCCGAUACAAAGGCCUGCAUGCUCCUGGUAUUCUGUCUCUGCGUUCUGCUGGUGCUGUCAAGACCAUGGCUCUGUUAAACUCUGUUGGUGUCAACCGCAAUGGUUUCUCUUUGCUGCUCUCCUCUCGCUUGUACAGGACAUUUAUUCGUCCUAAGCUUGAAUACGGUCUGGCCAUCUCGCAUCUCUCUGCUCGUGAUUUCACUGCUCUGGAUACUCUGCAAAACCGACUUGUUGGCAUGUUUGUGGGUAGUACUUGGGUCAAUGUCGCCAAGCACAUUACCUGUCUCCCCAGUAUCAAACAUCGCUACAAUGUCCUGGCUACCCGUUUUGCUCUGCGUGCUGAUACUCUGCCUGACGAUUGUCUGCUGGUUCUACUUCGUGCCCAUUUGCACUAUACAAGGUUGGUUCGUUUUAUAUGUGAAAACCCUCUGUAUCAGUCGCUACCUGACCCUGUUCCUUCUUCUGCUGGCUUGCGCACUACCUUUGCUGCCUAUUGGCAAGAUCAGGUUGAUCUCCAGCUCUCUGCUGCUGCUGUCACUGGUCGUCAUACUUUGCUUCGUGCUUGUCGUCCUGAUACCACAAGGCCUGAUCCCAUACUCUAUCUGCCUCUUGGUCGUAUUGCCUGUAGUCGUUUGGUCCGCUGGCGUCUUGGCCGCUUUACUAACAUGCGUGAGGAGUGUCCCUGUAUGUCACCUGCAGGUGUCUACAUCUCUCGUGAUCACUUUAUGUACUGUCGUGCUCUUGAUCCUGCCUUGAUCGAUGCCUUGCCGCCUGCUCCACCUGGUGUGCACCGUAUUGACCAUGCUCUUAAUUGCUUGCCCACUAAUGCCUCUGCCGGUCCUCCUGAUUUCUGGCCUGCUCUACUGAACCUCCUGUAUGCUAUCGAUUGCCUUGUGCAUCCUCUGGCUGUCAUUGCUCCGGAUCCAGAUCCAGCGUCUCUUUGGUACUCCAGUACUGGUUGA